AAGGGUUAGGGAAUUCCAAAAAGUAAAAGAUUGUUUCAAACUGUCUGCUAGAGCAACAAAGUUUUCCUGAAACAUUUACAUUUACAUUUAAGCCAUUUAGCAGACGCUCUUAUCCAGAAACAAAUUUGAAUAUUUCCUUGUCACUUUUACUCCCAAGUAGGUGAAUUGAUCCCGGACAAUCCUAAACUGAGAACUUGUAAAAGAGCACUUUAAAGCAGCAUUGUUUACCGGAAAAAGCUCAGUCUUGCCUAGAUUCAGCUUGUACCCUGAGAUUGAUCCAAACUUUUAAAGAACAGAUAGGGCACGUGGCAAUGAGGUAUCAGGGUUGGAGAUAAACAAAAUGAGGUCGUCAGCAUAUAGCGAGACUUUCUGCUCCCAGCCCGCCCUGAUUAUACCUUGAAUGGCAUCAUUAGAGUGCAGUGCAAUGGUGAGAGGCUUGAUUGCCAAAGCAAACAACAAGGGGGAGAGUGGACAACCCUGUCUGGAUCCGCGGUGCAAGGGAAAAUAGUCAGAGGACAAGUUAUUAGUCCGUACCGAAGCCAUGGGGGAAAAAUAAAGAAUCUUUAUCCACGCAAUGAGUUUGGGGCCAAAGCCAAAUCUAUAAAGGGCAGCUGUUAGGUAAUCCCACUCAACGUGGUCAAACGCUUUUUCGGCAUCAAGUGAGACCACCACCUCCGGGUCCCCCGACGCUGGGGAGUACAGUAUAUUCAUAAGGCGCCUAAUAUUGAAAAAUAAAUGCCUAUUUCUCACAAAGCCAGUCUGGUCAGAGUGUAUUACUUGGUGCAGCAAGCCUUCCAUGCGGAUGGCUAAAAGCUUAGCUAGGAUUUUGUAAUCACAGUUUAAAAGCGAGAUUGGGCGAUAGGAUCCACAUUCCAGGGGGUCUUUAUUUUUCUUUAAUAGUAAUGAAAUUGAAGCCUGAUGAAGACUAGGCGGUAGCUUUGAAGUAUUAAGGCACUCUGCAAAUAGUCGAGACAAGAAUGGGCAAAGCAGACCAGAAAACGUCCUGUAAAAUUCGGUUGGAAAACCGUCCAGACCUGGUGAUUUGCCACUUUUCAUUGCGGACACUGCUGUUGCAAUCUCCUCAAGCGUAAAUUCUUCUUCUAGACAGUCAUGGGAGUCUGUAUCAAUUGAAGGCAUAUUCAAGCCAUUAAAGGAGUCAAUCAGCAAAGGGUCUUGAGGGGAUUCAGAGGUGUAUAGCGCAGAGUAAAAUUGUUUAAAUUGAUCAUUGAGCUCUUAAUGUAUAACUGUGGUGGCACCAGACGGGGUCCUUAUUUGUGGGAUUAAACGUGAGGCAUCAUAUUUACGGAUCUGAUGCGCAAGGAGUUUACUGGCCUUGUCGCCUUGUUCAUAGACUUUGUAUCGAGCUCGCAAGAGUAACUGUUCAGCUUGCCUGGUAGAAAGCUCAUCAAAUUCAGAUUGGAGUAGUUGGCGCUCUUUAUGCAGAUCAGAGGAAGGACCCGUAGCAUACUUCUCAUCCAGUGUGGCUAUGGACUCGCUCAGGUCCCGAAGUCGCUGAGAGCGAACUCUGUUUUGGUUGGCUGUAUAAGAAAUAAUUUAGCCACGUAGGUAUGCUUUGAGAGACUCCCAUAUGGUAGAGCAGGACAUACCUGGUGUUGAAUUAGUUUCUAGGAAUAAGGUGAUUUCAGAAGAAAUGAAAUUGACAAACUCCUUAUCUGAGAGUAAAAUGGGGUUGAGACGCCAUUGAUAACACAUAGGAGGUCGCUGGGGAAACUCUAGUUCAAGCACUAAUGGUGAAUGGUCAGAGAUAACAAUACUCUCGUAAGUACACUGCCGAAGGUAGGCAGAAGUUUUUGGUCCAAAAAGAAGUAAUCAAUCCGGGAGUAUGUUUGAUGAACAUGAGAAUAAAAGGAAUACUGUCUAUCUGUAGGAUGUAGGAAACGCCAGGAGGAUUGAAUCAGUAGGGCACAUUUAGAUGGGCCUGUAUUUGUUUGUGAGGACUUGUCAAGAACUGGGGACAUUUACAGUUGAAAUCCCCCCCUAAAAUCAACAAAUGAGAAUCUAAAUUGGGAAUAGCAGACAGAAAGGAUGAAAUGAAACUUUUGUCAUCCCAAUUGGGAGCAUAAACACUAGCCAAAACAAGAGGGGUAGAAAACAGUUCACCGGUUACAAUGACGUAUCGUCCCUUAGGAUUAGCAAUAACCUCAGAAGCUACAAAGGGAGUAGCUUUAUCAACCAGAAUAGCAGCACUUCUUGAUUUACUAUGAAAGUUUGAGUGGAACACUUGACCAACCCAGUCCUUACGCAUCCUAAAAUGCUCACCAGUCCUCAAGUGAGUCUCUUGUAGAAAUGCAAUAUUUGCAUUCAAACCCUUUAAAUGUGUCAACACCCUCUUACGCUUCAUUGGGUUAUUAACCCCUUUGGUGUUCCAUGAAAUGUACUUGAUCGCAUUAUUUCGGCCCCUCUGGGCAUUCCCGUUAUUCAUACCCUGUCAUUAGAGGAUAGAAUGGAAAAGCAAUGAGCGCCCAAAAGCAAUGAGCGCCCAAAACCCCCAGAAUAACUUGUCCCAGAGUAAUAAUGUACGGUGGUAGAUGUUUGGAAAAAGUACAGAAAAAACAACUAAAAAGACAGAAUGAAAACAUUAGAACUGAACAAUUCAACCUGGCCUGUUAUAUCUAAACAUAAUUGUACCACAGGUGGGUUACUUACUAUCCACAGUUCGCAAGCAACAGUUGCUGAACUGUGAGCAUGUUCAAAACUUUUUGAUGUGACGUUGAAUGUGAGCCAUAGCCUCAUCCGGAGAUUCAAAUGUGUAGUCUUUACCCUCAUGAGAUAAACGGGCCGGGAAUCGCAGUCCAUACUUCACACUUGGAUGGUCCCGAAGUACUCGUUUGGCCUGUCCGAAAGCUGCACGCUGCCUGGAAACAGUGGGGGAGUAGUCCUGGUAGAUGGAGAAGCUCUGUCCUUGAAAGCUCAGAGUGGUAUUGCGGGCUCGUCGGAGGAUCUCCAUCUUCUCCUGAAAAAAGUGCACUCGAAGAAUUAUGUCACGGGGCCUCUCCCCAUCCCGGGGCUUUGGGCGCAGCGACCGGUGGGCUCGAUCAAUCAGGGGCUUUUCAUCUAAGGCAAGAACAUCCUUCAGCAGCCCUGAAACAAAAUCUGUGGCGCGAUGCAUUUCCGCUGACUCUGGGACCGAUACAAGUCUCCGAUUAUUGCGGCGGGAGAAUCCCUCUAAGCUCACACAGCUCUCCUUCACCUUUUUCAAAUCCGCAGCUAGGUGUUUAACUUCAGCCUCCAGGGAUGUAGUUAAGUCGGAGACAUUAGUGGCGGAGGUCUCCAGUGCUGCAAUCGUUGUAGUGAGUGACGCAGCUGUUGUUUUGAGUAAUGUGAUUGCUGGCACAGUCUCGUUCCGCAGGAUGGUUAAAUCUGCUUUUAAAGUAUCAGAAACCUCCUGUAUUCUGGCCUCAAUCGUAGCAACCAUCUGUGUUUUCAUUUCAACUAUUUCAGAGCGUAGUAGUUUGAUGGCCUCGAGAAUGUUCAUUUCAGCGCCGCCAGGCCAAGCCGCACCCCCGGGUAAAGUGUGCGUCCCCGGGCCCUCAGACUCAGGAGAGGGCGGUGAUGAGAGCGGGUCUUGUAGGCCGGGUUUUCUCAGUCAUGCUUUUGGCCUUAUGUUUGGUCGACAUGCUGACAUUCGGAAGCAAAGUAGUCUUGGUUUUUACGGAAAGGGAUCACCAAAUUAAUAUUUGAAAAUAAAUAUGGUUCUGCUGCAAAAUUCACAUAAACUUUAAGAAUACCACGGGAGCAAACGGAAAACACGUCAGUCGCACAUGGCGUCCCUCCUAUCCCCCCAAACAGCACUUUUGUGCGUUUUGCCAGCAGCUCUUCGUUGCAGGUCAAGCAUUGCACUGUUUAUGAAGUGAAAUGGCUAGCUAGUUAGCGCGCGCUAAUAGCGUUUCAAACGUCACUCGCUUUGAGCCUUCUAGUAGUUGUUCCCCUUGCUCUGCAUGGGUACCGCUGCUUCGAUGGUGGCUGUUGUUGUUGUGUUGCUGGUUCGAGCCUAGGAAGGAGCGAGGAGAGGGACGGAAGGUAUACUGUUACACUGGCAAUACGAAAGUGCCUAUAAGAACAUCCAAUAGUCAAAGGUUAAUGAAAUACAAAUGGUAUAGAGGGAAAUAGUCCUAUAAUUCCUAUCAUAACUACAACCUAAAACUUCUUACCUGGGAAUAUUGAAGACUCAUGUUAAAAGGAACUACCAGCUUUCAUAUGUUCUCAUGUUCUGAGCAAGGAACUGAAACGUUAGCUUUCUUACAUGGCACUUUUACUUUCUUCUCCAACACUUUGUUUUUGCAUUAUUUAAACCAAAUUGAACAUGUUUCAUUAUUUACUUGAGGCUAAAUUGAUUUUAUUGAUGUAUUAUAUUAAGUUAAAAUAAGUGUUCAUUCAAUAUUGUCGUAAUUGUCAUUAUUACCCCCCAAAAAUAAAAAAUAGUCAGAUUAAUCGGUAUCGAGGUUUUUGGUCCUCCAAUAAUCGGUAUUGGCGCUGAAAAAUCCUAAUCGGCCGACCUCUAGUUUCCACUUCACAAUAACAUCACUUACAGUUGCCCGGGGUAGAAAUGUGAUAUAUUGACUUGUUGGAAAGGUGGCAUCCUGUAACGGUGCCACAUUUAAGUCACUGAACUCUUCAGUAAGGCCAUUAUACUGACAAUGUUUGUCUAUAUAGAUUGCAUGGCUGUGUGCUCGAUUUUAUACACCUGUCAGGAACGUGUGUGGCUGAAAUAGCUGAGUCCGCUAGUUUGAAGGGGUGUCCACAUACUUUUGUGUACACAUCUAUUAUACAGUGCAUUUGAUUUAAUUUUCCACAUUUUGUUAUGUUACAACCCCAUAAUGACAAAGUGAAAACAGGUAUUUGCAAAUUUAUUUAAAAAAUGUAAACUGAUGCUUUGCUAUUCAGACUGUUUGCUAUGAGACUUGAAAUUGAUCUCCGGUGCAUCCUGUUUCCAUUUAUCAUCCUUGAUGUUUCUACAACUUGAUUGGGGUCCACCUGUUGUAAAUUCAAUUGAUUGGACAUGAUUUGGAAUGGCACAGACCUGUCUAUAUAAGGUCCCACAGUUGACAGUGCAUGUCAGAGCAAAAACCAAGCCGCGAGGUCGAAGGAAUUGUCCGUAGAGCUUCUAGAUAGGAUUUUCUCGAGGCACAGAUCUGGGGAAGGGUACCAAAACGUUUCUGCAGCAUUGAUGGUCCCCAAGAACACAGUGUCCUCCAUAAUUCUUAAGUGGAAUACGCUUGGAACCACCAAGACUCUUCCUAGAGCUGGCCGCCCGGCCAAACUGAACAAUCGGGGGAGAACUUGGUCACUCUGACAGAGCUCUAGAGUUUAUUGUGGAGGUGGGAGAAUCUUCCAGAAGGACAACCAUCUCUGCAGCACUCCACCAAUCAGGCUUUUAUGGUAGAGUGGCCAGACGAAAGCCACUCCUCAGUAAAAGGCACAUGACAGCUCGCUUGGAGUUUGCCAAAAGACACCUAAAGGACUCUGACCAUGAGAAACAAGAUUGAACUCUGGCCUGAAUGCCAAGCAUCACACCUGGAGGAAACCUGGCAUCAUCCCUAUGGUGAAGGAAACAGAGGGAGUACCAAGCACUGCCAUCAGAGAGAUAUCGCUCCUCAAAGAGCUCAGCCACCCAAAUAUUGUCAAGCUCUGUGAUGUCAUCCACACAGAGAACAAACUGUACCUGGUUUUUGAGUUCCUUCAUCAGGACCUUAAGAAGUUCAUGGACUCCUCUGUCUCUGGUAUCUCUCUGCCACUUGUCAAGAGUUACCUGUUCCAGCUGCUGCAGGGCCUGGCCUUCUGUCACUCCCACAGGGUUCUCCAUCGGGACCUGAAGCCCCAGAACCUUCUCAUUAACGCCCAGGGGGAGAUCAAGCUGGCUGACUUCGGCCUGGCUAGGGCCUUUGGGGUGCCUGUCCGCACCUACACUCAUGAGGUGGUAACUCUAUGGUACCGAGCUCCAGAAAUUCUUUUGGGCUGCAAAUACUACUCCACAGCGGUUGACAUCUGGAGUUUGGGCUGUAUCUUUGCUGAAAUGAUAACCAGGAGGGCCUUGUUUCCAGGCGACUCAGAGAUCGAUCAGCUGUUCCGGAUCUUCCGUACCCUGGGCACACCGGAUGAGGUGGCUUGGCCAGGGGUCACUUCCAUGCCUGACUACAAGCCCUCCUUCCCCAAGUGGGCCCGACAGGAGCUGUCCAAAGUGGUUCCCCCACUGGACGAGGACGGGAGAGAGCUGCUCAGGCAAAUGCUGAGCUAUGACCCAAACAAGAGGAUAUCUGCCAAAAAUGCCCUCGUCCAUCGUUUUUUCCGUGAUGUCACCAUGCCAAUGCCACACCUACGACUGUGACGUGCAGACUGACAGGAACAAUACAUAGCCCAGGGUCUUUCCAUGAGAGAUCCCUGAGCAGGAGGACUGCACCAGCUCUUAUCCACACCUGAAUACUACAGUCCAGGAGAUGGGAGAGAUCUCAGUGAAAUAUGGAUGCUUUUCCAAAAAUCAUUCUAGCAGCCAAAAACCAGCAUUUGUAUAAAUUGGAUGUCCUGUGAGUUUUUUCUCUACAGCUAUGAGUGCCUGUUAUGUCAUAGAGAAUGAACUCUACAGUUGUUUCAGCAUUUUAUGUGUAUUGAAAGGGUUAACUUGGUUUGUGUACAUUUUAGUCAUUUAGCAGAUGCAAGCUCUUUAUUUGUUCAUUGCAUCAUUUAUGAUAAAAAGUUGAUUAAAUUAGUUUGAGCUUUA